CAGCCACCCUCCCAGCUUUCAAACGCAGCCCAGAUGCACACAGCAGUCCUUUCUACAGAGUAAGUAGCCUGGGAGAAUCUGGAGCCAUGAGUUUCAUCAUCCGCCCUUGUGCUCCAAAAGACCUGAAGGACAUCAUGCGACUGGUGAAGGUGAGGAACGCGAUGAGAAGCACGGAACGGUCAGAGUUGGGGGAGAUCUCUGAGGGUUCGAAGACAGAGGUCCUCUGGUUGGGUCGGGAUGACAUGGGGUUGGGGGGCCAACUCCUAUCUCUUGUUGUUGUUGUUGAGUCGUUUAGUCGUGUCCGCCUCUUCGUGACCCCCUGGACCAGAGCACGCCAGGCACUCCUGUCUUCCACUGCCUCCCUCAUGCUGGUCGCUUCGAGAACACUGUCCCACCAUCUCGUCCUCCGUCGUCCCCUUCUCCUUGUGCCCUCCAUCUUUCCCAACAUCAGGGUCUUUUCCAGGGAGUCUUCUCUUCUCAUGAGGUGGCCAAAGUCUUGGAGCCUCAGCUUCAGGAUCUGUCCUUCCAGUGAGCACUCAGGGCUGAUUUCCUUCAGAAUGGUUUGAUCUUCUUGCAGUCCAUGGGACUCUCAAGAGUCUCCUCCAGCACCAGAAUUCAAAGCAUCCAUUCUGCGGCGAACAGCCUUCUUUACGGUCCAGCUCUCACUUUCAUACAUCACUACUGGGAAAACCAGAGCUAUAACUAUACGGACCUUUGUGGGCAAGAUGAUGUCUCUGCUUUUUAAGAUGCUGUCUAGGUUUGUCAUUGCUUUUCUCCCAAGAAGCAGGCGUCUCUUAAUUUUGUGGCUGCUGUCACCAUCUGCAAUGAUCAUGGAGCCCAAGAAAGUAAAAUCUCCCACUGCCUCCAUUUCUUCCCCUUCUAUUUGCCAGGAGGUGAUGGACCCAGUGGCCAUGAUCUUCGUUUUUUUGAUGUUGAGCUUCAGACCAUAUUUUGCGCUCUCCUCUUUCACCCUCAUUAAAAGGUUCUUUAAUUCCUCCUCACUUUCUGCUAUCAAGGUUGUGUCAUCUGCCUAUCUCUUGCGGGGGCUCAAUUAGUGCCAGCACCUUCUGUCAAGAGCUUAGUUUGCCUACCCAUGGCUUAGGGCCCCACUUUCUUAACGCCCCCCCCCAAAAAAUUAUGAGUCUUUGAAAAUUGUGUUUCUAAAGGAACUUUUGAUAUUGCCAAAUGCCAAUGUGUUUGCAUUAUUAAGUUUGUUACGGAUAAAAAAAAUCAUUUUAAGUUAGAGCUUAAUAAUUAUUUCACUAUUAAUAUACCUCUUAAUUGUAUUUCGCUAUUAAUAUACUUCUUAAUUGCAUUUCAGUUAAACAAUUACUUUGAUAAAAUAUACAUUUUGUUAUGUGCAAAUGGCUUUAGGUCCAUAAAUGACCAUAUAGCAUAUGUUCAAGACAAAAAAACAGUUGUUGACAAAGGACAGCUGGACAUAUAAAGGGCCCCAUUACCUCCAGUAGCUUAGGGCCUCGUCCAACCUAAAUCUGGCCCUGGGCCUGAUCCUGACUGUUCUUCUGUGCACGAUUCACCAUAAGGAUCCCUGGCUGAAAGGGGAAGAAAUGAGUCUCGAGGCGGCUGCAAACCAGAGCUUUUGCUCCCAAUUCUCUCUCUCUCCCUAUAAACAGGAGAUUGCGGGCAUUUACAACGUCCCUUUGGGCUCGCUCAGGACCAACGUCGAAGGUAAAGAAGGGGCUCCGGUGUGCAUAUAGAUUAUAAGGUUACCAGAUUUUCCCCAAUGAAUCUGGGGACACUUUUCAACUUCAACGGCUUUUGUAUGGGGACUGAUUUGUAAAUCUGGGGACUGUCCCUGGGAAACGGGGACGUAUGGUAACCUUAGAUUAGUGGCUCCCUACAGGGGUGGUUUGGGACGUGGGUGGCGCUGUGGUCUAAACCAUGGAGCCUCUUGGGCUUCCUGAUCGGAAGGUGGGCGGUUCGAAUCCCCGCGACGGGGUGAGCUCCCGUUGCUCGGUCCCUGCUCCUGCCAACCUAGCAGUUCGAAAGCGCGUCAAAAGCGCAAGUAGAUAAAAAGGUACCACUCUGGUGGGAAGGUAAACGGUGUUUCCAUGCUCUCUGAUUUCCGUCACAGUGUCCCCUUGUGCCGGAAGUGGUUUAGUCCUGCCGGCCGCAUGGCCCGGAAAGCUGUCUGCGGACAAACGCCAGCUCUGAGCCCAGCUUCGGCUGGGGAGGGCGGGAUAUAAAUAAAAUUUUAUUAUUAUUAUUAUUAUAGCUCCCUUGGCCUGAACGUGAGAUGAGCGCUGCAACCCCAGAGUCGCCUUUGACUGGACCUAACCGUCCGGGGGUCCUUUACCUUUUACCUUUUACAGGGGUGGUUGUGCCCCCGGGGGUGAUACUGGGAUUACCUACAGGGGGCGCUAAGAGGCAGUUUUAUUGUUGAAAGGCCACCUCUCCCGGUCUCCCCCACAGAGGACCUUAAGGUUCAUGAAUAUUCAUAAUUUAGAGGUCCCAGGAAGUCAGAUUAUCCUCCACCAGGGCCAGGGCCUUCUCAGUGGUGGCUCCGACCUGGUGGACUGCUCUGUCCCAGGAGACCAGGGCCCUGCAGGAUUUAAGCUCCUUCCGUCGGGCCUGUAAGACAGAGCUAUUCCGCCUGGCCUUUAAUUUGAAUCCAGCCUGAUCUUUUAUUCCUCUUCCUUCCCUUUUUAUGAAGAUUACCCGCUCUGAGACCCCACAGCUAAUUCUCCCCUGGUCUCCUCGCCAGCCCAAAUAGGACUAACUUAGCCAGCUAGCCCUGGUGAUCAUCUAAUGUUUAUUGGAUGGAUUUCCCCCCUAAAUUGAUUUUUGAAUUCUGAAUUUAUUGCUAUUCACAUUUUAUACUGUAUUUUAUGCUGCUUCUUGUUGCAUCAAUUAAGUGUUUUAAAUUUGUCGUUAGCCGCCCUGAGCCUGGUUUUCUGAACCGGGAAGGGCGGGGUAUAAAUAAAAAUUUAUUAUUAUUAUUUAUUAUUAUUAUUACUGCUCCUCCCUUUCCCGCUUCCUCCCCAGAGUUGAAGAAAGCCGGUUUUGGGGAGCAGACCCAGUACGAGUGCCUUGUAGCCGAAGUCCCCGCCGAAGAGAAAAGCAAGGAAGGUAAUGAGGGGAUGAGCCGGAUCAUGUCCAAUCUUGCGAUGGACAUGAUCCGGCCCGCAGGGAGAAGCUGUUGCUGCUGCGAUUGAGGCGCAAGUGGGUGGUCUGGAAAUGCCAGCAAGGCUGAACUCCUGCGUAACAUUAUUUAUUUUGCUCCACACGCAGGCUACACCCUUAUCGGAUACACCCUCUUCUCGUACACCUAUAACACCUGGAGGGGAAAGAACAUCUACAUGGACAAUCUUUACGUCAUGCCGGAAUUUAGAGGUACGGAUGGGGAGGUAGUGGUCGAAUCCUGUGCUCACGACGGCCAACCUCUUUGGGAAAUCCGCAGGCAGGAUUCGAACGCAAGACCAGCGCUCUCUCGUCCUGUGGUUUCCAGAAAUUUGCAUUCAGAAGCAUUACGAAUAGCCACACGGUAUUUUAGCGGGGCAAAACCUUUUUUGGGGGGCCAGUUUUAGCGGUGAUGGGGGGGCGGUGUUAAAAAUAUGUCUUCGGGUGAGCGGAAUUCAAACCUUCAAUUCUCUUUUGGAUCUGACAACAUGGGUCUCUGUGUUCGACGAAGGAGCACACAAUCUGCUUCCGGAAAACCAGGAGAAUUUUAAUUUUACCUCCUGAAAAUGUCAAGUAAUUCUAAAUCGUAGAAUUGUAGAGUUAGAAGGGACCCAAAGGUCAUCCAGCCCAACCCCUUGCAAUGCAAGAAUCUCAGCUAAAGCAUCCAUGACAGAUGGCCAUCCAGUCUCUGCAAUAAUAAUAAUAAUAAUAAUAAUAAUAAUAAUAAUAAUUUAAUGCUGUAUUGUUUUUAACACUUGAUUGGGAGCUGCUCAGAGUGGCUGGGGAAACUCAGCCAGAUGGGUGGGGUAUAAAUAAUAAAUUAUUAAAAAUUAUUAAAUAAUAAUAAUAAUAAUCAGCAACCACAACCACAACUGCAAGUACUUUAACCUGAAUUUUAACAGGGAGAAAUGUAAAGUAUUGCACUUGGGCAAAAAAAAUGAGAGGCACAAAUACAAGGUGGGUGACACCUGGCUUGAGAGCAGUACAUGUGAAAAGGAUCUAGGAUUCUUGGUUGACCACAAACUUGACAUGAGCCAACAGUGUGACGCGGCAGCUAAAAAAAGCCAAUGCAAUUCUGGGCUGCAUCAAUAGGAGUAUAGCAUCUAGAUCAAGGGAAGUAAUAGUGCCACUGUAUUCUGCUCUGGUCAGACCUCACCUGGAGUACUGUGUCCAGUUCUGGGCACCACAGUUCAAGAAGGACACUGACAAACUGGAACGUGUCCAGAGGAGGGCAACCAAAAUGGUCAAAGGCCUGGAAACGAUGCCUUAUGAGGAACGGCUAAGGGAGCUGGGCAUGUUUAGCCUGGAGAAGAGGAGGUUAAGGGGUGAUAUGAUAGCCAUGUUCCAAUAUAUAAAAGGAUGUCACAUAGAGGAGGGAGAAAGGUUGUUUUCUGCUGCUCCAGAGAAGCGGACACGGAGCAAUGGAUCCAAACUACAAGAAAGAAGAUUCCACCUAAACAUUAGGAAGAACUUCCUGACAGUAAGAGCUGUUUGACAGUGGAAUUUGCUGCCAAGGAGUGUGGUGGAGUCUCCUUCUUUGGAGGUCUUUAAGCAGAGGCUUGACAACCAUAUGUCAGGAGUGCUCUGAUGGUGUUUCCUGCUUGGCAGGGGGUUGGACUCGAUGGCCCUUGUGGUCUCUUCCAACUCUAUGAUUCUAUGAUUCUAUGAUUCAAACUCAUGCUGGUAGCUUCGAGGACACUGUCCCACCAUCUGGUCCUCUGUCCUCCCCUUCUCCUUGUGCCCUCCAUCUUUCCCAACAUCAGGGUCUUUUCCAGGGAGGCUUCUCUUCUCAUGAGGUGGCCAAAGACUUGGAGCCUCAGCUUCAGGAUCUGUCCUUCCAGUGAGCACUCAGGGCUGAUUUCCUUCAGAAUGGAGAGGUUUGAUCUUCUUGCAGUCCAUGGGACUCUCAAGAGUCUCCUUCAGCACCAGAAUUCAAAAGCAUCCAUUCUUCGGCGAUCAGCCUUCUUUAUAGUCCAGCUUUCACUUCCAUACAUCACUACUGGGAAAACCAUAGCUUUUAACUAUACGGACCUUUGUUGGCAAGGUGAUGUCUCUACUUUUUAAGAUGCUGUCUAGAUUUCUCAUUGCUUUUCUCCCAAGAAGCAGGCGUCUUCUAAUUUCGUGGCUGCUGUCACCAUCUGCAGUGAUCAUGGAGCCCAAGAAAGUGUCUUUGUCCAUGGAGUUUUCUUGGCAGGGAUACUGGAGUGGCUUGCUGGUUCCUCCUCCAGGUGGAUCACGUUUGGUCAAAACUCUCCACUAUGACCUGUUCAUGUUGGGUGCCCUGCUCGGCAUAGUUCGUAGCUUCUCUGAGUUAUUCAAGCCCCUUCGCCACAGCAAGGCAGUGAUCCAUGAAGGGGACCCAUGGUUUAAGAGGUUACAAAAUGGCCGGAGCUGAGCAGGUUUGGCCAGAGCUCAGGUGAGAGGCUAUCUGGGGUCCCCUGGCAGUGCCACAAAAUUCUUGCCGCCUUGGGUUGUAUCUUCAGAGAGAAGCAGCGGUAUCAAUGCAGUCACCUCAGGAUGGAUAGAAUCCACCUUUCCCCUGCUCUGUUUAUCAUGGAAUCCUAGAGAUGUCGAGUUGGACUGGGACUACCAGAGGUCAUCCAGACCAACCCGCUUCGCCAUGUCGGACUCGCAGCCUAAGAAUCCCUGGCGGAUGCCCUCUCCGUUCAGAAACCUCCAGCGAGGGGGAAUCUGCCGCCUUCUCACAGAGUUGUGGAAUUGUAGAGUCGGGGACCCUCAGAGGUCAUCCAUCCCAACCCUCUUUUGCCACGUAGGAAUCGCACCCAGAGCACCCUAUCCUAACAGGCUUCCUCUGGUUGUCCUUCCUCACAGGGAGGCGGAUCGGGAAGGCGCUGAUGGAGCAGGCGGGUGAGGUGAGUUGUUUGUUCAGGGAUGCAGGAGAGGAUAUAUUGUCUGGUUAUAGCCUUUCCAACUCGUGUUAACAAGUUCCACAAUUUAGCAGAGUAACAUUCCCCCUUUUAAACUCGCAGUGGAUGCGUUUGCUCAGGCUCGCUAAAGCCUCUAGAAUAACUGUUCUGGUAUUUCCCCCUUAUACCCUCCUAAAUGAUAAGACAUGACGCAGUCAUCUGUAAAAGUAUAAAAAGGUUUACUCACACAUCAUUCUGUUCACAGUCGGAUCCCAGAAGGCAGACUUAGCUUAGAAAAGUAACAUACAUCUCAUAAGGAGACAGUCCCUUUGUCCUCUCUUGGCUGGAAAGUUCCCAUUGCCAAACAUUCGUAUUUAUGGGAUGGCCUCUCCUGGUGUGCCCCACAGAGGACCUUAAGGUCCAUGAAUAAUCAUAGUUUAGAGGUCCUGGGCCCUAAGGAAGUCAGACUAUCCUCCACCAAGGCCAGGGCCUUCUCAGUGAUGGCUCCGACCUGGUGGAAUGCUCUGUCCCAUGAGACCAGGGCCCUGCAGGAUUUAACCUGCUUCCGUUGGGCCUGUAAGACAGAGCUAUUCCGCCUGGCCUUUAAUUUGAAUUCAGCCUGAUCUUUUAUUUCCCUUCCUUCCCUCCCCCUCCCCUUUUAUGAAGAUCACCCACUCUGAGACCCCACAGCUAAUUCUCCCCUGGUCUCCUCGCUGGCCCAAGUAGGACCAAUUCAGCCAGCUAGCCCUUAUGCUUAUUUCCCCUAAAUUGAUUUUUGAAUUUUAUUGUUAUUCAUGUUUUUAUACUGUAUUUUAUGCUGCUUUUAGAAUUAAGUGUUAUACAUUUGUUGUUAGCCGCCCUGAGCCCGGUUUUUGAACCGGGAAGGGCGGAGUAUAAAUAAAUUAUUAUUAUUAUUAUUAUUAUUAUUAUUAUUAUUAUAUUAUUAAUUCCCUCCCCUUCUCCCUGCCACCUCAGGUUGCCCGGCGCCAAGGCCUCAGCCAACUCCGAAUGCAUGUUUCCUCCCAGAAGGCGGACGUCCUGAGCUUCCUCGAGAGGAGGGGAGGCGAAAACCUGACCGACAAGGACGGCUGGCACCUCCUGCGUUUCUCCAACGAGGCCCUGAGGAGGCUGGCAGCUGAGAAGAGAUUCUAGCGGGCUCUGGGUUCGAAUCCUACCCUCCACACCUAGGCUCCCGGACGGGGCAUGUUUUGUGGUUAGAGAGGGGGGGAUGGAUAGCCCGCGAUGCAGGGGCAGCAAAAGCAAGUGCGGAGGAGGCGUUUGGGUAAGAGGAGAAGAGUCACAGAAUCACAGGAGGGACCUCCUGCGGCC